UACAAUCAAGAGUACUGGAGGCUGGGGGACUAUGACCAGAGCCGAAGAGCGUACAACGCCUUCGGACUGAUGCAGGUUGAUGUCAAUCCAAAGGGAGGUGGGCACAAGCCAAGGGGUGCAUGGGACAGCAAGGAACACCUCUGCCAAGCCACGGGGAUCUUGGUUGAUUUUAUUGAAAAGAUCCGGGACAAAUUUCCCGACUGGAGCAAGGAGAGGCAGCUCAAAGGAGCAAUUGCAGCCUACAAUUGUGGGGAUCGGAAAGUCGAUAGCUACCGGGAAGUGGAUAAAAACACAACAGGCAAAGACUACUCCAAUGACGUUGUGGAAAGAGCAAAAUGGUGGCGCUGGAGGAUCAUCAGCAGCAGCUGCCAUGUUGGAAAUCCUGUCUCAGCCUAACUUUCAGUCAACCUCAAGACAUUUUUUAAAAAGUCAUCCCCCGUUCAGUGUGUGCACAUGAGGACAACAACUAAUCAGACCUAUUUGUUUUUUGUACCAGGCUGUAAACAUGUUCAUUUAUUCUGUAAAAACAGCUUUUUUGCC